AUGGCAGCCCUUGUAGCCCAUAGAUCAUUCCUCAACAACAUCCUCGACCGCCAGGCCGAACGGCGGCAGCUCAUAGCCCCAGGCGAGACCUUUCCUGCGCAGGUCCGCAUCCGCGGGCGGGCCCCUCAAGCUGCCCCGCGCUCUGGAGCUGAAGAUGGACUGCCCAGCAAGGAUAACGUAGUGGGAUAUGUCAAGGAGGAAGAGACGGUACGGAAUGACUAUUGCGAGUGGUAUAAUGCUACUGGGGAGUGUGGGAGUAAUUUCAUUAUGGGUGCUGGCGAAGGCGAGAUCUGUGACGAAUACCCAGCACUGAAGAAGUUGAUGAACCUGAAGACCCAAUUAGUCGCCGCAAACGCCCAUCCACCCUUAUACGCCCCUCUAUCACCCUCAAACUCUCCCCGCGACUCUCUCCUCAACAAUUUCUCCACCUGCAAAUUCGACGUCAUCCGUAUCAACCCCGUAUCAGACUGGGAUAAGACCGCAGACAUUCCCAUUCGCCAACUGUCAGCCGACACUGCAGUGGUCUUCUUAUGGGUCGGGCGAGGAGAUGAAGAAGGGCUCGAGAGGGGAAGAGAAUGUUUCGCAAAGUGGGGUUUCAGGCGAGCAGAGGAUAUCGUUUGGGUCAAGACGAAUAAGGGGAAGAAUGGGAAGAGGAGAGAUGGAGAAGGGGCGCCUUCAGGGGCACUCUUCGCAAGCCAGAAGGAACACUGCCUGAUGGGGAUUAGAGGAACAAUUAAGAGAAGUGUCGAUGUGCGUUUCGCUCAUUGUAAUGUCGACACGGAUGUGAUCAUUUGGGAGGAACCAGAAGGUGACGACGGACCGAAGUACCCGCCAUAUCUGUAUACCCUCAUCGAAAACUUCUGCCUCGGCACCCGUCGGCUUGAGAUAUUCUCUCAACCUCACCUCGCCCGCCAGGGGUGGGUCACAGCCGGUCUCUCGCCUUUUCCCUCCACUGCGCCAACACCAUCAGGUGAAUCAGUGCCGGUCCAAAUAUUCAACCCCGCCACCUACCCUUCGCUUGUCCCAGAGUCAGACGGAAAGGCAAUCUUGCCGUUCCACCCAGAGAUCGACCAACUGCGGCCAAAGUCGCCUCAAAGGCGUGGGCCGCGUCUUGGCCAGGGAGGCGGGUCAGGACCGACGGGAAGCAGUAACAGACCGUCCCCUGCACCGCAUCGCAUGUCUUUGGGCUCAAGCGGGCCAAAUACCCCUAUGGUGCAUCCCAGCCAGUCAUUCACCGCCCACGUCCAGCCCCAGAUGCAGCCGGGUUUCCCAAAUCCAAUGAUAAUGCAGGGAAUGUCGAUGGAGCAGAUGAUGAUGGCCAAUAUGGCUAUGGGCAUGAUGGGUGGGAACAUGGGGCAGUUUGGUGGGUUCCAACCUCAGCCUCAACAUCAAGGAGGUCGGGGAAUGGGGAUCAACGGUGGUCAGCCGGGAUUCGACAAUCCACAACCUCAAGGGCAGUUUGGUAUGGCGCCUGGGUUUCCGGGAAUGGAGAUGCAGGGCGUGACGCAUGGAAUGGGGCAAAUGGGAAUGGGCCAGAUGGGGAUGCCGCAUAUGGGGAUGGGGAUGCAGCCCCAACCUCAAGGCUACGGACAAUUCCAGCCUCAAGGGCAGAUGGGGUAUCAGAUGGGACCGAGGUUUCACGGAGGAUGGCAAGGGCAAGGGCAGUGA